UCCUCUUGCGAGCUGUAAGCACCAGGAUGGGCGACAACAAGACUAAGAUGGCUAUCUCGCUGGACGACGCUUUGCAAGCCAGUCGCAAAGAGCGCAAUGCACAGCUCGCACAAAACAUGCUCGGAACAAACCCGCAGAAGCUGGUGGACCAGAUGUUGGGCGCAGGCAGGCGCACGAGCACUCCCAGACCGCCCAUGUCAGUAGCAGGAACACUAGCGAGCCGGGCGGGUGUGGUGAAGAGAAGUGCAUCAAUACCACGAUCAAGCGCACCUCCAGCCCGCAACUCGCGGACGCCCCUCCACUUGAGCAGACCGCCCGUAGCAGCAGACAAUUACCGACCCUCACCCGCACGCAAUCCGAUCGUCAUCUCCUCGUCCGACCCACCCAGCGAUGCUAAGAGCAAUGGUCACGUCCCGCGGCAAGAGAUGAACGGCCGCCAAGAAGCGAACGGCGACCCUGGACUUAGCAUUCGUGGAGCUGCGAGAGGAGAGUUUGUGGUCAGAGCUGAAGGCUUCCUAUUAGGCACCACGGCGGCAGAUAUUGAGAGCGUGAUGCAGAGUGUGGGUGGGAUGAUGAGCUACUGCAAGCUUAUCACAAGUCAACCUUCUGUCAUUGCGGAGAUGAGCUUUCCGGAGAGGCUGGGUGCGGAGAAGGUGAUAGAGACGUUCAAUGGGAAGAAGGCCGACGGCUGCACCCUCUACGUCCACAUGCACAGCGAAAACGGUGUCGCACCGUAUUCGGAUACCAAGUUCAGACGCCAGGAGCAGCCUCAACCAGAGGAGCCAUCGUUCGUCGUCGACACAACCGGUGAUGUAGCAAUGGAAGUCGACGAACACGCAGACGCACGUGCGAUCGAGGACCGGCAGCGCGAGGAGCGGAGAAGAGAGGCCCGUCCUCCUCCAAGCGGGCCUGCAGGCCGACAGCAACAGAGCGGCUACCCGAGAGAGCCACGACGUGCUGAGCCAGAGUUCCAGGACGGAAGGUACGGCUUUGACAAUAGAGACAAUAGGUAUGGACGCGGUGGCGGUGGGCCAGGCAGGUUCCGCGAGGAGGGCCGUUUAUACUCGGAUCGCAUGAGGCGUGGCGGCGCGCAGAGCUAUCGGCCCUAGUAUGGCUU